AUGCAUACAAAACCAUCCACAAAGAAAACCAUCGUGAAAAGACAGUACUCACGUGCCGGCUGCACCGAGUGUAAGCGGAGAAAAAUCAAAUGCGACGAGAUCCAGCCCGCCUGUAGCAUCUGCGUCAAGGCGCAAAAGGAAUGUACAUAUCCAGCCCCCACGCACAAGAAAAGACGCAAACGGAGCUCGGCCGAAGGCAAAGAGACCCUGAGUACGGCGUCGCCUUCCACCGUUUCUGGUGGCGAGCUCCUGUCGGUCAAAGUGGUCAAUGAGAGACAGGACACAAUGAAUGCAGAUAUGCUGUUAUUCGAGAAUGUUUUCGACGAUGCGAGUAAUCUCGUGCACGGACUCAUGGAUUUCGAGAGCUAUCUUUUCGAGACGGGGGCUACGAGCCCAGGGCGGCAGAUUGAUGUAGGUCGAGACUUAAAACCGUUCCAUUCCGAUAUCAUUCUCAACGAGAACCCGAAGGCUGAUUCCGAUGCGUCGAGUCUAGAAUUUGAAAGCUACUUGAAAGGUACUGACAUUCUCCACAAUCCUGAGUUGGCCAAAUCGUGGUACCACUUCGACUCGUCCAUGCGAGAGAAAAACGAGUUGGAGUUUGAAGAAGAGACCUCGAACGUGCAGUUGACCAGACGCAUCGUGCAGAUCCAUGGCCUUACGCCGGUGGAGGUGAACUAUUUCGAGGGCAUAGCUGUAGGUAACUUUGUGCUCUACCUCUUUCCAUUCGCUUCUAAUACUGAAAACAAUGAGGUCAUGAGAGUGCUUUUAGAGUAUCUGAUGGUGUUCAAAUACUUGGUAUAUGCGUUAAUGUCUGUGAAGGCAUCUUGCAUGUUUAUUAUUACCGGCAAUCCGGUCCAUGACCAACACCAACGUAAAUACACCACCAUUUGCAUGAGACUUCUUGUUGCAGCUUUUGCGGACCUUCGCAACAACGAGUUUUCGCUCUGGCACAUCGAGGGCUUGGUCCUCACUGUUCUAUUGCUAACCAUGUUGUACUCUGAGAUGAGUUUUGUCGACACAACCAAAGCGCCCGUGUCUUGGAUUCUGCACUUGGAAGAAGCCCGCUCCUUGCUCUUGAAGUACAACUCCAUAAAAUCUCAGUGCCAGCCCCACCGCCCGGACUCGCCCGGGAUUGUUCUCGCGAAGCAGAUCUUUUUCUGCUAUGAUUGGAGUUCGAAGAUGUCUCUUCCCGUGUCCAAGAUUACAACCAAAGACCUCGACGACCUACUACUUUUGGUUGAAAACUCGGAGUUUGUAACCGACGAUCCUGCGAACAUCCGAACGCUCACCAAAAUGGGAUUGAUCAUUCCCGCAACAAACGCGCACGUUGACUUCCAUACCUUCACUACCAUCAAUUCUGUGAUUUUCAAAAUCAUGUAUCGUUACCUAGAAAUCAUCAGUGCGAUGAAUCUGUCAAACACCAAGCAGGCCACGUCUAGCCAGGUUGCUGAGAUAAUGAGUCUCAUAAACGACGGUUUGUUGCAGAAAAUAGUUCCAGGUCUUACUCCCGAAUAUCAAAUCCCCCUCGACAGCCCGGCCCAUCCAUACUAUCUGAACCAGCUAGACAAGAUUUAUCUUCCGGACUGUGCCUAUGGUAGAGAUCUUGGCGGAGUGAUGGAAAAAUAUUACUCCUGGUGUGAUGUUGCCUUGGCGCUGCAUGCCCGGUUCAUAUUCCUCAAGAUUCUCACGUCACCCGGGCUUCUAUAUUCUCCCAGAAGCCACCCAAUGAUCAAAACGCUUAUUAGAGAGGUUAUGAGCCUCUUGUUUUUCGUGAAGCCCAAAUCGGAUCCGUGUUACAUGCGUCACGAAAUACUAGAGGAAACAGAAAACUUCUACUUGCCUAAAUCUCUAUUUGACUACAGAGGAAUCAUGGUUCAAAUGCCGUUGCGGUUGAUUAUUGAUUUGACCGACGACGAGACAGAUUUCGAAAAAUUGGACUUGUUCUUCAAGGGUCUCCUUCGUUUGGGCUGUGGAAGCAGCAGCAGCGCCGUUCUGCGUAUUGAAGAAAAGAGAGCCGCGGCAAAAGCCCGCGCAAAUAAUUUGACUGAUAACCUGCCGGCAAACGACCUCAAUUACGAGACCUCGGGCUAUCCACUCUACUGA